AUUCAUCCCUGGUUCCCUUUCCCUCAUUGACUUUAUUUUCACAUCUAUUGCUUUGGAUAGGAAUCCCUUACACUGGAACCAGUUACUUAUGGAUACCUUUGAUUCUCCUCUCCAGGCCUGGCUGUACCAUGAGCAUGAGGAACUACACCUCUGUGACAGAGUUCAUCUUGCUGGGAAUUUCCAACAGUGAAGGACUAGAGAGCAUGCUGUUUGCCCUGUUCCUUGUCUUCUAUGUCUUCGCUUUGCUGGGGAACCUGCUCAUCUUUCUCACCAUCCUGGCUUCUCCGAACCUCCACACCCCCAUGUAUUUCUUCUUGGGGAAUCUAGCAGUGUUUGACAUAUUCUUCCCUUCUGUGAAUUCUCCUAAGAUGAUGGACUACCUAGUACGGCAAGGCCGAACCAUCUCAUAUCAGGGUUGUGCCUCGCAGAUUUUCUUCUAUCACACCCUGGGUUGUACUGAGUGCUUCCUGUAUACAGUGAUGGCCUAUGACCGCUUUGUGGCUAUCUGUUACCCUAUGAGAUAUACGAUCAUCAUGAAUCACAGGGUAUGCACUUGCUUUACAGUGGGCACUUGGCUGGGGGGCUUUGUCCAUGGGAGCAUCCUCACAUUUCUUAUCUUUAAGUUACCCUAUUGUGGUCCCAAUGAGGUAAACAGUUUCUUCUGUGACAUUCCUGUGGUGCUGUCCCUGGCAUGCGCAGACACCUCCCUAGCACAGACUGUGAGUUUUACUAAUGUUGGCGUUGUUGCGCUCACAUGUUUUCUCCUUGUACUCACUUCUUACACUCGCAUUGUGAUCUCCAUCCUGAAAAUCCGUUCCUCAGAAGGCAGGCGUAGAGCCUUCUCCACUUGCAGUGCCCACUUCACAUCCAUUCUGUUGUUCUAUGGUCCCGUGAUUCUUGUUUAUCUCAGACCUGCUUCUAGUCCCUGGCUGGAUUCGGUUGUCCAGGUGUUUAAUAAUGUUGUCACCCCUUCCUUGAAUCCUCUGAUUUAUUCAUUGAGAAACAAGGAAGUGAAAUUAGCCCUGAGAAAGGUGUUAAGUCAAGCAAUGCAGCCUUUGAGAUAUAAGGAAUAGAAACAAUCAUUCCCUAUAUAAUUUUUAACAGAUUUCCUGUUCAUGAGUUACUGUUGCCAAAGAGUAAGAUGAUCAAACCUAGUUCUUGGAAGUCCUCAUAAGGCAGAGUAUAUUUGGGCUGAUAUGUAGAUUUAAUACUAGAGAGAAGACUUUGCAGAUUAAUCCAGUGUUUUAAUUAAUUGUAAUUUGCCAAAACAAUGAGUCUUUUUGCUCUGCAAAAUCUAUGUGUGGACUUCAGUUUUGAUUUUUCUUUUUUAUGAAACUGAACCUUUCUAGAAGCUGUUGAGUACCUUAUAUACCUCUCAAUUCCUCUUAUCACUCCUUUCCAAUAUUAUCUUUCCAUAUUCUACUAAAUGCCACUUUGGUCACUCAGUUAAGCUCAUUGCCAUUAAUAAGAUAUAGAGUUUGAUAAGAUAGAAGUUAGUAAAUGUGUCUUUAUCCUAUCAAUCAUUAUGAAAAUCAGCCAAUUUAGAAGGAAAAACAAUCCAGGUAUGAGAGACAUCAAGUUCAAAUAUCCUCAAGAAUCUCUAUUAUCUGACAAGAUGCUGUCUUAUUGAGUAAAGUCCAAGGGUGUUGAUUUGCUUGAUGUGAACUGUGAUUGGCAUAAGAACAUUAAAUUUUGCAUAAUAAAGUUGCUCACCCACUCCCAGGAAGCAGAUGGAAUUGAUAGAGCAUCCUGGUGUGACUCAAUAUUCAGGACACAAAUGUUGGUGGUAAAGAAAUCAAUGUAAUUCAGAAGGUAGACCAUGAGAAGGUGGAUAGGACUUCAUUUUUUAAAGACCAUCUCAGAGCCUUAGGUAGGCCAAUGCACUUAUGCAAAUCAAUAAAGUGGGACCAUGUGCAAGGGCUAUACCUUAGUGUGGUUUUGCCAUCCAAGGUCUCUUCUUUUCACAUUUUUGUUACUAGAAAAUUCAUUAGUAACAAUAAGUUUUCCAUCCUGUGGCAUUCCUUUUAAUUCCUCAGAUGGACACCUUGUUUUCCUGCAAGUUAAGUAUUAUUUCACCUUUAAUCAAAGAAGUUAGCAGUUCCAAUGAUUAUCUAAAGACAAUCAUUGUAUUGAGAUUUGUAAAACUAAAAGAAGUUUAUUGAUUAAGUAAUCUUGGCAUCCUUGUCUAACUGCUUCUUUUUCUUGAAAUAUUUGAAGCCAUGCCAUAGUAUUUUGAGCAUUUAAAGGUGAUUUUAAAAAGUAUAAUA